CCGGAGGAAAAAAAUAUCAGCCUUAAAAGCGGAUCUAAAAGCACAUGAAGGCGCCGAAAAGCUCCAGGAUUUAAACGUGUGAAUAAUAAGGCACCUAACACGGUGAUUAGUGUCAGAUUUGGUGCUUUCUGAGGCGUGUUUGUGGGGCACAUCCGCAGUGGAGGGAGAGUAUUGUUUUGGUCUGGGUCUCCAUUCAGGGCUGGUACAGUGGGCAUCAAUAAUACAGGCCGUGUGGAUGCAUUUAGAUGUGUGCCAUGCGUGCAGUGGUUGGUAUGCGUCAGUGUUUGGGAUCGCUCAGCUCUGGACUCACUAGGACUCCACACUCGCAGCACAGAGCGUCAUGAGCUUAGUCAUCCCAGUGGGGGUGGACAUGGCUGCCGGCUCAGAACCUGAAUCUGUGGAGGCCAGCCCUGUGGUAGCAGAGAAGUCCAGCUACCCUCAUCAGAUCUACAGUAGCUCUCACCAUUCACACAGCUACAUCGGCCUGCCCUACGCCGACCAUAACUAUGGGGCUCGUCCGCCCCCUACGCCCCCAGCGUCCCCCCCUCCCUCGGUGUUAAUUCGCCCAGGUGAGGGGGUGUACGGGCAGGACGAGGCGUCCAGGGGCACCACGCUGAGCACGUCCGAGGACGGCAGCUACGGGGCCGACAUCACGCGGUGCAUUUGCGGUUUCACUCACGACGACGGCUACAUGAUCUGCUGCGACAAGUGCAGCGUGUGGCAGCAUAUAGACUGUAUGGGGAUUGAUCGGCAGCACAUUCCUGAGACCUACCUAUGCGAACGCUGCCAACCGCGCAGUCUGGACCGCGAGCGCGCCAUCCUGCUACAGACCAGGAAGAGAGAGAACAUGUCCGAUGGGGACACCAGCGCUACAGAGAGCGGUGAUGAGGUUCCUCUGGAGCUCUACACCACCUUCCAGCACAUGCCCAGCAUCACGCUCACCACCGGCCGCCUCCCCACCAAGCAGAACGACAAGAAACGCAAGAAGAGCGGCGACAAGGAGCCGCCCGCACCAGCCCGCGCCAAAAAGGCGUUCCGAGAAGGAUCCAGAAAGUCCAACAGGGUGAAGGGUUCGGCUCCGGAGUGCGAGCCCAUGGACUCUCCGUCUCUGUGGGAGAGUAAGGUGAAGACGUGGAUGGAGCGCUACGAGGAGGCCACGUCCAAUCAGUACAGCGACGACGUCCGGGUGCUGCUGCGCGUCAAAGAGGCCAACGACGGCAAAACGCUAGCUUACAACACGCACUCGGCCGCCUUCAAACCCCCAGUAGAGAGCCACGUUCAGAAGAACAAGUGCAUCCUGAAGGCGAUGCGGGAUCUGGCUGCCGACUCGCUGCUGAUCGAGUACAGGGGGAAGUUCAUGCUCCGCCAGCAGUUCGAGGCUAACGGGUACUUCUUUAAAAGGCCGUACCCGUUCGUGUUGUUUUACUCGAAGUUCGACGGCUUGGAGAUGUGCGUGGACGCCCGCAGCUUCGGAAACGAAGCCCGGUUCAUACGCCGGUCCUGCACCCCCAACGCCGAGGUGCGUCACGUGAUCGAGGACGGCAUGCUGCACCUGUACAUCUACUCGCUGUGGUCUAUACCUAAGGACAGCGAGAUCACCAUCGGCUUCGAUUACGACUACAGCAACUGUAAAUAUAAGGUGGACUGUGCGUGUGUGAGGGGGAACCAGGAAUGUCCCGUCCUCAAACACAACCUGGAACCCACGGAGAACCUGGGCUCAGCCACGCGGCGCCGAGGGCGGAGAGAUAAAGAACCGCUCAUCAAGGACGAGAGCGGCCAGAACCAGAACCUCACGCUGGACUGCGACGGUCCCAAAGCCAAGAGCAACAACGAGAGCAAACCGAGGAAACUGUCUCCACUCAGGGUGUCCAUCUCUAACAACCAGGAUCCAGAGUUGUUAGAGGAUCUAGAGGAGCAAAGCACUGUUAGCAAUGACGUAGACGCCGAGGGCGAGGAGCACAUUGCGGAAGGAAGGAAGAUGACGCGAGAGGAGAGAAAGAUGGAGGCCAUCCUACAGGCGUUCGCCCGCAUGGAGAAGAGAGAGAAGCGACGGGAACAGGCGCUGGAACGCAUCGGCACCAAGGGCGAGGUGGGGGCGAUUAAAGAGGAACCUCCCACCACCCCGGAGGCCGAGCUGCCAGCUCCGCCGCUGUUGGAGCCGAUGAAGGAGGAGGCGGCGACCCCCAAGGCGGCGAAGGUCAUCCGCAACAAGCAGCGCAAGAGCUUCUCCCGGAACCGGACGCACAUCGGGCAGCAGAGGCGCCGCACCCGGACGGCCAGCGCCUGCUCCGACCAGGCGCCGCCCUCCCCCGGAGAGACGCAGGAGCCCCAGCCCAUGCCCGACGCGCAGGACGUGGAGACGGGCGCCUCGCCGGAGGCCGAGGCCCCGCCCGUCCUGAACAGCGAGGCCGACGCCAGCCCCACUCACAGCGCCUCGCCGGGGCACCGGUACCCCAAAACGAAAAAGCACUUGCAGGUGAGCGAGUGGAUGAGCGUGGAGAGGCCGGAUCAGCGGGCGAUGGUGCGCAGCCCCGAGCCCGCCCCCGACCGGCCGCUGAGGAUCAGCUCCGACCCCGAGGUGCUCGCCACCCAGCUGAACUCCCUGCCCGGCAUGUCGUGCAGCCCGCACGUCUACAGCACGCCCAAGCACUACGUCCGCUUCUCCUCGCCGUUCCUGGCCAACCGCAGCCCCAGCACGCCGUCCGUACCCGUCGCGCGGCGCCGCUCGCGCGAGCUCUCCGAUACCCCGCCCACCUCCGGGUCCUGCAAGAAGCGCUGGCUGAAGCAGGCGCUGGAAGAAGAGGGCACCCAGAGUCCGGGCAUCCGCGCCCUGCUGAUGCCCGCCGAAGGGCCGCCGACUCCGCCCAUCAACGGAGAGACCGACAGCCCCGUCUCCCUGAACGGCGCCUGCCUAGAGCUGCCCACGCCGCUGAAAAAGAGGCGCCUGUGCACCGUGGACUCGUGCGUCUCGGACUCGUCCACGCCGUACGCGUCCCCGUGCGCCACGCCCACGCGACCCGACCCCUCGGACGCCCCGCUGACGCCUCAGCUCCUGAACACGCCGCCGGAGCCCUCCACGCCCACCUCCCAGAAUCCUCCGCACUCGGCGCAGCAGGAGAGCGAGUCGUCUACAGACAGCUCUCCAGAGCCGAGCCGAAGACCCAGUACGCAAGAGGUGGAUCGCGCUCCCUCGCUCCUGACCUCCCCUGUACGAAAGCCUUCGCUCGCAGAAACGGCGCCGCAGGAGUCCCAGAGCCCCGCCCGGUCGCUCCACGAGCCCCAGGAGGCGCCCUUAGACGAGGGCGCGGAGGGAGACGGCGGCGCCGAGGCGUCCUCCUCGUCCUACCACGCGUGGAUGAAGAGCCCCGAGAGAGGGGGCGUGUCGUUCUCCUCCGUGAACUCGAACCUGAGGGACCUGACGCCGUCACACACGCUGGAGAUGGGGGCGUUCAACGAGGCCGCGCCCUAUUACCCCUGCGCGGAGGACGGAGGGAGCGCGGCGUUCACCCGGGUGCUCGGCGGGGACGCCGCGGAGGGGCCGGGCGCGGCGCAGAAUCCGCCACAGAAGAAGAAGGUGUCUCUGCUGGAGUACAGGAAGCGGCAGCGUGAAGCCCAGCGCAGCGGCGGCUCCAAGCUCGAGUGCAGUUCUCCGGUCUCCACGGCGCCCCCGGUGCUCGACGUUUUCCCCGUGGGGGUGGAAACGGCCCCCGAGUCCUCGGCCCCCGCGGCGACGCUGGACUCCGGGACUCCCCAGUCUAACGAGGACCCCGAUGCGCCCCCACAGGGAGAGAGAGAGGGCGGAGACGGCCAGUGGGUUUCAUCAAACUCGGUGGAACAGGCCAGAGAGCGCGGCUACCACCGGGCGUUACUGCUCAGUGACCAUCGCAAAGAUACAGAUGGAGAGACGGAAGGAGGCGAUGCUGUACAGAGGGAGUGUCCAUCACCGAAAAACAGCAAGAGUCCCUCAACACACACGACUUGCUCUCCAGGUUCCAGCGCCACACCCCAGCCAUCCUUCCGCCCGUCUAAAGAAGAGGACGCCGACGCCCAGCCUCGCCCCCCGGCGCCGGCCCACCCGCCGUCCGUCCAGCAGCCCUCUUCCAAACCUCCGUCGUCCAAACCUGCGCCCCUGACACCCAGCAAACCUCAUCCCCCUCAGGGGCACUACGCCGCGCCGUCUCUCGCCCUGCCCUCCCCCAAAUCUCAGCCCCAGGCGCAAGGCUCGCCGUUCCGCCCCCAGCGCGCCUUCCCCAGCCAAUCGCAGUACAGCCCUCAGAACGCCCCGCCCCCUCCUCCUCCUCCGCCCCCUCCCGCGCCCAUUGCCUCCGCGCCCUACUACCCGGCGCAGUUCAAAACCGCCGUUUCUGCGCCCUUCCCCUCCCACCACGCACUCCACUACCCGACCAGCUCCACCCCGCCCCCUCCUCCCCCGCCGCCUCCGCCUCAACCCCACCCUCACCCUCAACCGUGCCCCACCCUGAUCCACGUCAACCACCUGCAGCCCUCCGCCAUCCAGCCGCACCAGCUCAUCAUAAGCUCCGCCCCUCCUCCGCCGCCGCCCCCUCCGCCUCAGGCGCCGGGCUCCCAGCCCACGCCGGUCAGCGCCGCCACCCUGCUGUCGAUCAAACCGUCGCCCUUUCAGAACAUGGGCGCCUUCCAGACCACCCUGCUGCACCAGUCGGCCCCCGGUAACGCCACGGUAACGGCCCCCAGCUAUCAGCAAAGCGUCUUACCGCCGCCUCCUCCGCCCCCGCCUCAACCCCAGACUCAGCCCGGCCAGCCCUCUCAAGGCUCCUCGGGGCCGGCCGGCGCCCCCCGGGGCCCGUCCUCUUCCUCAUCCUUUCACAACGCUGGGUACAUGGGCACGGGGUGGCAUUGAAGUCCCGCCUCGGAGCGCCCACCCGAACUCGGGCUCGCGCGGCGAGAAGGGGGCGUGGCGGGCGACUCGAGGACGCUGUAAAUAUUUUCUACGCACCUUCACACCCAGGAUGAGGAAACGGGUACGCGUUGAACAAGGACAAACCCCGACCUGAAGAGACUUCAAAGAAGACGGAGGAUUGGUGCUCGUUACACCCCCUACACCACCCCAUCGACCCGCCCCGCCCUGCCCCGCCCUACCGAAAUCACACUUCUGAAUGUUCGUCUUUUUUAGAUUUUAUUUUUUUAACCGUUUUAAGUUUCCGACGUCUCCGUCCCCCCCGUCUCUCGCACUUCUUCUCGUAUGGACAUUCCACGUCCCCCCCGCCCCCCCUCGUGUACUCGUUUUAUCUAGCGCUUCGUUUAUAGCUGAGUAAAAGAUGCUUUUGUAUAGAGGAAGAAAAAAACAAUUAUUUUUUUUAAUAAUCCUUCAUUUAACAGAAAAAAAAAAUAUCUGCGCAAAAUGAGAAGAGACCUUCAGCUAGGUAGCUUCACCUGUCCGGGAGUCUGCACUUCUGUGCGUGUGUGUGCGUGUGUGUGUGUGUGUUCUGUAAGAACGCCUGUGUGUGUGUCGGUAUCCUCGUGUCUCCGGAUGACCGGGCCCCCUGAGCCCCCGAGCUCGUUCCCGUUCUGUUUUCGACUCUCGGUGGUUAUCUGUAGAAAGUGUAAUUUAAUGUAUAGCUGCUGGAGGACGGACUGGUGUAAAUAUCGGCCUCGGUUCUUUUCUAACGCGUGUACACUUCGCCCCCCCUCGUCCCGUCCCGUUUUGGAAUACGGUUGUAAAUACGAGCGCAGAGCUGGACCAGGAGAAAAGGAAAACGAACCUAAAGCUGAACGUUCCCGUGACGGUAGCACUAUUUUUAUUUCCUCCUGCCGGGACGAUCCGAUUUGUCCUCUCACUUCUUCUCUUUUUGUUUGUUUUUAUUAUUGAUGUGUGUGUGUGUGUGUGUGUGUGAGUGUGUGUGACGAGCAGACACAACACUGGUUGAAUAUUUUCAUGGUUCAUUAUAAUAAAUCACUGUAAUGACAGUUUUAUACCAAA